CUCUGUUCUCUUCACUCUACUCUCUCACACACGCUCCCACUUUGAUAUCGUACCUGCCAUAAUCUCUCACUCUCUCUCUCGAUUUCUCCUCAGUUCUCGCUUCUCUCUGCACUCGUUCUCUCUCCUGCCAACUGCCGCCGCCGGACGCUCUCUCAAAUUCACGCUGGCUCUCGCCUCUGUCGCUUUCCUCCGCCGUCGCCCACCCAGAGCAAAAACUGGGAGGUAUUUGAUAUCUGAGGAUAAUGUAUGCGAGAAAAGCAAGCGAGUUGGUGAAAGAAUUUGCAAGUAGUGAACCAGGGCAGCUUAGCACUUUUAAUAAUGACCUAUUUGCUCAAGUGCUUGAAGAAUGUGAAGGGCAUCUCCUUCACCUCCAGCCUUUAAUGAGGAAAAUACAAGAGCAUGAAAACAAAUUGAAAGAUAAAAGGAGAUCAGAGGACGAAGUGGAGAUUUCAGAAGACGAAAGGAGGAAAUCAGAAGCUGAGAAGGUGAUCCUCCAAACUGCUCUGAAAUCUGAUCAGUUUGGAGCACUGGUCCAUCACCUCUCGCUGGUCCGCAAUAAACGCUGUCUCAUGGCUUAUAUAUACAAUAGAGCAGAGGUCAUCAGAAGUUUAGGAUGGAUGGUUGACAGUGUGCUCCCUGCAGAAAUUGAAGAGAAACUCAGUAGUACUGAGAAAGAAUAUUUCAAAAAUCAUGUAGCAACUUUACAAUCAUAUAUGAGCGAGCUUGAUCUUCAUUUGACUGUGGAUAUGGUUCCUCCAAAAGAUCCCUACAUCAAAGUCAGAGUUCUUGAUGAUAUUGGCGAGGUUGCACUCAGUGAUCAAGUAGCAAACUUAGCUCGACAUGCCAUCAUGUUCCUGAGACGAACUGAUGCAGAGCAGUACAUCACACAGGGUCAAAUGGAAGAGCUCACAGGUUGACUCGAGCUGUCGGUUUUUUAUGUUCUCCAUUGUAGGGUGGGCAGAAACAACGCAUGUUGAGGUUUCAGUAUUCACUGGAUAUAUGAAGAUGACUUACCAGCUACUUAUCGAAAGAACAAGGAUACUGAUAGGCUUUCAACAACGCUUCUGCUCAAGGUGAAACUCUGUUCUUUACAAUGUAAUGAAUCAAUUGAGAAGAAAAAUGUUUGACACUGGAGGAUGAGAUUAUUGAGAGUUGAAGCUUAUGCUACUUGUUCAUAGUUACUUCCAGACAGUACGGAGUCUGCAAUCUAUGAUUUGCACUGUUGCCGUAUUA